AGGCGCCUCGCUCUCUCCCGCAGGAUGAAGGAGUGGUGGAUGCAAGUGGGGCUGCUGAGCGUGCCUCUCCUCGCCAUCUACCUGCACAUCCCGCCCCCCAAGCUCUCCCCGGCUCUCCGCUCCUGGAGGUCCUCCGGAGGCUACUUCACCUACAAGGACCAGAACAUCUUCUACAGAGAUUCGACCGGUGCCGUUGGCAGCUCCGACAUCAUCAUCCUCCUGCACGGCUUCCCAACCUCCAGCUACGACUGGUGCAAGAUCUGGGAAGGGCUAACCCAGCGGUUUCACCGGGUGAUUGCUCUGGAUUUCGUAGGAUUCGGUUUCAGUGACAAGCCUAGGCCCCACCACUACUCCAUCUUUGAGCAAGCCAGUAUCGUCGAGGGACUGGUGCGUCACCUCGGCCUCCACCACCAGAGGAUUAAUCUCCUGUCCCACGAUUACGGGGAUACGGUCGCACAGGAGCUGCUGCACAGGUAUGAGCACAAUAAAACUGGAAGCAUCUUGAUCAACAGCCUAUGUUUAUCCAAUGGAGGGAUUUUCCCCGAAACGCACUACCCCCGGUUCAUCCAGAAGAUCCUCAAGGAUGGGGGUUUGCUCUCCCCCGUCAUCACGCGGCUGAUGAACUUCUUUUUCUUCUCCAGAGGGCUUGGGGCGGUCUUCGGGCCCUACACGCAGCCUUCGCAGGCAGAGUACUGGGAUAUGUGGACGGCGGUGCGGACCAACGACGGUAAUCUCGUUGUUGACAGUAUUUUGCAGUACAUAAACCAGAGAAAGAAGCACAGAGACCGCUGGGUUGGGGCUUUGAUGUCCACCUCUGUCCCAUUGCAUCUAAUCUAUGGGCCCCUGGACCCUGUGAAUCCGCACCCAGAGUUUCUUCAGCUUUACAAGAAGGUGCUUCCCAUGUCCACGGUGUCUGUGCUGGACGACCACAUUAGCCACUAUCCACAGCUGGAGGAUCCGACAGGCUUCCUGAAUGCGUAUCUGAACUUCAUCAACUCCUUCUGAGCUGCUGCAGCUCAGUUCUCGCUGUUUAUGAGUCAGGCUUUGGGGCCAGGAAGAAACCUCGAUUUUUUUUAUCUCCAGAUCCAACACUUUGCGCCAACACCCUAAUCUUUGGCUGACAAACUGCUGCAUUUACGCUCAAAGGAUUUAACUGCAUCGGAAAAGGUUAGCUUGCAGGGAGGCACGGACAAAACUGUCAGCCUAAGCAGAGUUACAGGAUGCUGACAGCUCUUCCAGCCCUGCGCUCACCUUGCUUCUUGACUGGCCUGUCUCUGUAUUUAGAGCCAGGAGGGCUCAAGGGAGAACAGGGGCACCUGAGGGGAGGCAAAGCACGUACGUCAGUCCAAGAGUCCUUACUUGCCUUCAUUGCUAGGCUAUGCUGCGUGCCACAGGUCGACAGGACCACUGCCAGCCAAGGGUUGAUGCACAUAUUCCCAAGAAGGAUGUUGGUCUGUUUUUUGAGUUGCUGAGCAGGCAGUUUAAAUUAUAUCCCUCCGCUAAGUGUUAUAAUACUUGGCCAACUUGUCAGGACUGAAGAAUUUGAAACUGAGUUUGCCUACACUAAAUACAGCAGGAGAGCUGGAUCUGUAAUCCCCCAAAGUAUAGGCAAUGAUGCUCUGCACCCAUAAAGGGACAUUUAAGCACUGUAAUUAUGUCUUCAGUAAUCUCUUUUUAAUGGCCAGUUACCCAAAGGCAAGCUCUAAACCUCAAGUUUUCACCACAUUCCUUGUUUCUCUGAUUUUCAGUUCAACAAGCAGAGCCGCUCACUGACACUACACCCCUGGGACUAUCUCAGGAGCUUCGGCCGUAGCACGCAGUUCUACCAGGGCGGGCUCGUACCUGGUUCACUAGAGCAAGCUGAAUAUGCAGUACUGGCACUAGCAAAAGCCAAAGUGUUCUGAGCAAUAGCUAUUCCAGCCACAGGGAUCUGGGACAGGUGGUUAAAUUAGCAUUAAAACAGUAUUCCUUCCUUCCUCACCCUGACUUGGUAACUAAAGAUACACCAGUUCAUCAGCAGAGAGACGCAGAACUUCCCUCACAAGGAAGUCACCGCAAGGUCCCUCCUUCCCCCUCUCUUCCCAACUUUUGAUACAGGAUGUUUCACAUCUUUGAGCCCAGGAAAAGGCCGCACUGUUGUUUGGUAUUAUCUGACAUAAGGCUCAGAGAAUUGAAUAUGCCUUGAUAGGUGAAGUUUAAUCUCUCUCUCUGUACAUUGAUUUUCUGUGUGGAACAGAGGAGACAAUCAUCAAGAUAUUGUAAAUUUGCAGGUUGGCAGACUCUGCAGGUUUUGUGUGGUUUUUAACUGCUUAUGUUUGAAAUUUAAUAGCAUCCCUUUAGGAAUAAG